UGACCUGCUUUGUACCCCUGCAUUCAUGUUAAUAUAAAGGAAGGACUGUGCAGUGGACACUUCACUUUCUGAAUCAGUCAGUCCCGGUAGACCUCAACCAAAACAUUAACAAAAUGAAGCUUCUUGCUGUUGCCGCUGUCUGCUUUGUUGCCAUGACAACAACACAUGGUUUUGGAAUUGGUAUCCCUCCUUUCGGAGGGAUCGGUUUUCCCCCGUUCGGUGCAUUUGGUCCUGGAUUCCCCCGUAUCGGCCUUGGAUUUCAACAUCUCGGACUUGGAAUGCCACAUCUCGGACUUGGAAUGCCACAUCUCGGACUUGGAAAUCCACAUCUCGGACUUGGAAUCCCCUCUCUCGGCCUGGGUGUUUCCCCUCUCGGCUCAGGGCUCAACCAGGGAUUAGUCCAUCCAGGAUCACAGGGCGCCGGUGCCAUUCUUUCACAGGGUUACGGUCCUGGUUAUAUUGGUGAACUCGAUGCGUAUGCUGCCUCCUCUGCUGCUGCCCCCACAACUAUUGCCGCCACAGCAGUUGCCCCGGCAGGACCUGCUGCCUAUGAGCCCGCUUUCAUGGGAAUCUAAGUGACAUGCCUAAAGUCCACUGAGGUCUAUCCGCUUGGCAAAUGUAAUAUAUAUGCUACUGCAGUUAGUCGUCUCGUAGUUGGGGUUGUCAUGCUACACGAUGCAACAGCGUGAGUGAUGUUUUGAUGGCUGUUGUUCUAUAUUGAAAAUAAACAUAUAUUUAUUAUGA